AUCGAACCCGCAACCUCAUGGUUCCUAGUCAGAUACGUUAACCACUGCGCCACAAUGGGAACGCCAAUGCAGCCUUUUUCUGACACCUGCUGCAAUGUGGAUGAACCUUGGGGACGCUCUGCCCAGGGAAAUGAGCCAGUCUCAAAGGACCAACGCUGUGAUUCCACUUACGUGAGGUCCUGAGAGCCCUCAGGUUCACAGACAGUAGGAAGAAUGGGUGCCAGGGUCUGGGGGGUUCGUGAUGAACGGGGACAGGGUUUGUUUUAUGAGUUUUGGAGAUGAUGGCGGUGAAUGUACUUAGCACCACUGAACCGGACGCUUGGUAAUGGUUAACGUGGCCGAGUUUAUGUUACCUAUAUUUUACCACAAUAAAAACAAUGGGAGGGAAAAAAAAAUCCUACGUAUGAACUUUCGGGGCAACCCACGCACAAGGCUCUAUCCUAGGCUUGGCCGAGGCCUUUGCUCCUCUCACUGGACUUCAACCUUCGCUCCAGAGCGGCCACCGCGGCAGCCUGCCAUCCCUGCCCGGCCCCUGGGCAGGACGCAGGCAGGAUGGAUGCCAUCUGAGCCUCCCGCAGGGGCCAGGCUCCUGCAGGUAACGGGAGCCAUGUCCUGGCAGCUCAGACCAUGAACUGAUACUCUAGGCCCCAGGGAGGAGGCCAAGCAACGGGGUUUUCCUGGAGAUGACAGCCCCUGGACAAGGUCGUGCCCGGUGGGGACAGCAUGGGUGGUAAGUCCCACACCAGGGGACAGCCCACUGGGUUCCUUUUCCUUUCACUUUCAGUCCUUUUUUUUUUUUUUUUUUUUUUUGCUGAGCUCAUAGCCUGGGGACGUCCCUGGGCCAGGGAUUGAACCCAAGCCACAGCAGUGCUAAUGCCGUGUCCUUAACCACAAAGCCACCAGGCAGGUCCUGUUCACGUCUUCACUUUACUGGCACUUAGCCAGCAUGGAUUCUUCUCCUGUGUGCCAAGAAGUGCAAAGCCGAUGACCAGCAGCCCCAGCCAAGUUCCUUUGCUCCUCUAGCAUCUAGAAGGUUGCCUCCAGUGUGGGUGGAGGUCUCAGGUUUUGGGGUUCGUCACAUGGAGCCCCUGCCUAGGCUUGGGGACCCUUACCCUCACCAAGGACGCUCCUGGUCCUGCCUGCUCCGCAAGAAGUGUCCCAUCUUUGGAAAUCUCUCCGGAAGCUUCCCAGGGCUGGUCUUCCUCCGCUUGAAGCCGGACUCCCGCCCCCUCUGCUACGUUCAGGAGGCGGACGCCGAAACAGCCUGGCUGCGUUCGAGUCUCAGAUUCAUGGGACUCUCGCGGGUGAAAAUAGUUGCAGAAGCGGGAAGUCAGGACAAGCGUGCUGUUGAUCCGGAAGAAGUGAAGUCACAAGGCUCUCCUUGUUACCUCGCCAGCGGGGGCAGGGGCUCUCUGUCCGGGAGGGAGCCGGUAACAAAGCCGCCCUUCUCUGCAUCUGAUGACAAGCCUCACCAUUGCCUAACCUGCCGGGCGAGAAAACCCAGCGUGUGUCCACCGCGCCCUCCCCGCACCCAGCUCCCAGCCCAUCGUUCCUUCCUGCCAGCUACACCCACGCGGGCCCGGCCCCCUCUUACCGCAGCUGUCCCCCGGCUCCAGCCGCCUCACUCUGCAAACAUGCCCCGUGUUAGCGGAUUUGUGGGCGAGGAUGGGAGUCAGAGGAGCUAAAUCCCACUGCAGGAUGUUCAAAUACCUUCAGGGUUGCAGAUGCAUCUGGAGCGGUGACGUCAACCCCGGCCUCCGCCGGGACUGCUGCGGGGCUGGCAUUCCAGGCGUGUUGGGAGACAGACUUGUCCUGGCUGCCGCCGUCAGCUGGUGGGCCCCUCCCCUGUCCUGGACAGGGGAUUUCUGGUCCUCAGGGGACCCGGGGCUCUGGGAUCAGGCCUCAGCCCAGCAGGGUUGGAAGACAGUGGAUGAGUUUGCAACUGCAGCGUCCCCAGCGACACUUCUUCCCCUUUGGUCCUUAGCAUUAACCCCCAAGUUCUGGGUUCUUGGCCAUUGAGAAUGAAGACUGCAUCCCGGCUCAGCUCAGGUCAGGAGCACAAGGAAGGUGGGGGCACUGUGGCAGAUUUCCAGCCCUUUCCUAGAUGCCCCGAGGCUCGGGGCGCAGGGCCCAGACCCCUCCCUAGGCCCACCCCGGGCUAUGUCCCGCCUGCCCACCCCCCGCCCCUGGGGCUGUGGCUCGCAGCUGACUCAGCCUGGUUAAACCAGUAGGAAGGACCCAGGAAUCCCAAGACUAAUUAGGAUCAAGUGUAGAAAUGCAGGGUGACGAGAACCCAGUAAGUCAGCCAGUCACCAGGGACAAGUACCAGAAAAAUGACUAAAACGCCCUCCUGCCAACCCAGGAGAUGAACUUGACAAAUGAACCAGCCUUAAGACAGAAAGAGCCCCACAUCGCAAGGGACCUGCGAGACUGAGCCUCCCGUCCGGGGCCACGGGGACACAGCCAUCCCUCGGGUGGGCUUUGUGGUGUGGAAUCCGGAGGCGGCUGGCGGCAGCCUGUCGCCUCCAGGAAUCCAAGGGCCAGGCACUCCUUUCCAGUGGCCCAGUUUCCCAGAGGCGCUCCAGGCCCUAGAGGCAUCACCCCGCGGCUGGGAGACAGCGGGGGCGGGAAGGUCAGGAGGGCAGCCGCGAGUUUGGAUCUGGAGGUGGAGUCGGGAGCAGCAACGGCCAGAGCCUCUCGGGCCUGGACAGACUCAGCUGUCACCUGACCUGAGCCCAGCUCCCCAUUUAGAGCCUUCAAGGGGGAGCCACCAGAGUGGGGGCCCUCCCAGCCCUAAGGAGGGGUGCCCAGAGAGCAGGAGGGUCUAGACCAGGAGAGGGGACGGGUGGCCUGGCUCAGAGACCAGUUAACUCACGAUAUGGGCUGAGGACACCCAAAUAAGGUCCCCUCUGAGGCUCUGGGUGGACGUGAAUAGAGGGGACACGGCUCAACCCAGGGUGGCCCCUUCUACUGUCCACCUCCAACUCGGUCUAUAAGGACAGAGCGCUGGGCCAGGACCCGCUGAGCCACUUUGAGCCUCAGGUCCCACACCUGCUCAACAAGACAGGAACAGGGCAUGUUCAUGGGCCCUUCUGGGAAACGCUUGGGACCAAGUGGCUUCGGAAGUAGAAUUCUCCUGCCCUUGGAAAAGGAACUCAGGGCCCUUCCAAAGAGUCCCUCGCAUCCGCGGACAAAAGAAUGUUAACCCACUGUUAAGCCAUCAGCCUCUGAGACUCCCAGACAGUGCGCCCCGGGGGAACUCAGGAGGCAGAGAAACAGGACGGGGCCGGAGAGCUAGGACGCCCAUCAAGGGAGGACUGCGGGGACCCUUGCCUCUCCCCUUACACAGAAGCACUGAAUUCAUUCACUUCAGUUGUCUGUUUUUUGCGAUGAGCAGUAAUCUUUUUUUUCUUCUGUCUUUUGUCUUUUUAAGGCUGCACCUGCGGCAUAUGGAGGCUCCCAAGAUAGGGGUUGAAUCCCAGGCUAGGGG